UUCAAAUGAAACACAAUUACCUUGCUCUUGUUAAAGCUUUUAAAAAUCAUGUAUUUUUUAGGUAUUACUGUGUGUGUUUCUCUGGGUUUAAUGACUACUGGUGGCACUCAACAAUGCUUGGACAUAGAGGAGUGUGUUACGUUCCCAGAUAUUUUUUGGAAAUGGGGAACCUGUCUUAAUCAGGUGGGUAGCUACCUGUGCACGUGUCCCAAUGGAUUUAGGAACUCUGGCAACGGACAAACUCCGUGUGUAGACAUUGACGAGUGUAAUACAGACGGAGUAUGUGGAAAUGGGGGAAUCUUUCAAAACCUGAUUGACAGUUACUGGUGCCAGUGUCCUGCUGGAUUUACUAACUUUGGCAAAAACCAAGCUAAGUGUGUAGAGCUUAAUUGUGACCAGUACGAAACACAGCCUGGACAGACUCUACCAGGCUUUGAUAGUUUGUCUCUGUUGAGAAACAACUGUUUGGUGUUGAGCAACUCUAUGUUGCCUGGACCGACAAGACUGCUGCCAACUGGAGAUGUGCUUUUGACAGGAAGCGGGCAGCUGUCGUUGGUGAUGUGGGUGGGUGUUUUUGUGGCACUGACCUGUGUGGUCCUGUCCCUGAUCACCACCCUGUGGUGUCGCUUUGUCAGCCGCAAACGCCGUGGAGGACGCCGGCUGCAACAGGAAGUACAGCUACAUAGAAAAUAAGACAUGGAUUUGAACUAUUUGUGUUCUAAGAAAAGCUUUACUUGGAAUUCAUUUGAAAAUAUUGUCUCUUGGCUUGCAAGGACAUCCAAUUACCAGAAUUAGUAUUUAUUUAAGUAGUUUAAAAAUGUACCAAACAAACAAAAACAAAAACAUAACUUUUUAUUAAUAGAUAUACAAUUUUUCAUGUAUAGAAAUCAGUUCUGGACUGUAAUAAAUGAGCUCUCAUCUCUAUGGCAACAUAAGUCAUUUCAGUCUCAUAAACAUGGUUGGUAAUUUGUAGAGAUGAGAAUAGUGGUAUAUCCAUUCAACGCUGCAUUUGUCCAGUAUUUUUUUAAAUUGUACCUUUAUUUAACUAGGCAAGUCAGCCUAGGAACUGUGGGUCAACUGUCUGUUCAGGGGCAGAAUGACAGAUUUGUACCUUGUCAGCUCAGGGAUUUGAACUUGCAACCUUUCGGUUACUAGUCCAACACUGUAAACACUAGGCUACGCUGCUGCCUCUUUUUUAAAUUUUAAAUUUUAUGCCUCUUGGUUGUUGUUGUAACUGACUUAUUUGAAGUGAAAGUAAUAUUUUUCCUGUUUAUUUUACAGUGCUUGAGAAGGUAUUUAAAUCCACAAAUCAUCUUGCUAUUAUUUCCUUCAUUCUGACAUAAAUGUCUAAAUUUGAGCUGUCCGUUUUGUAAAAAUAAUAAAGCACAACAUCAUACUGAAAGUACAAUGAAUUUGAUCAUUGCUCACCCAAGACAUUGUUUUUUUUGCCUCUCAUGAGGCUAGGCCUAUAGAACUGCCCACAUGGUGUAAACACUUCCAAACGGACUUAAAGGCCCAGUGCAGUCAAGAACAUGAUUUCCUGAGUUUUAUCUAUAUUUAAACACUUUGAGGUUGGAAUAAGACUGUGAAAUUGUGGACAUUAUGAUAAUUCCCUUUAAGUGUAAGAGCUGUUUGAAAUGUCAGCCUGUUUUGGUAGGAUGAAGAUUUGGCAUGCUGGUGACAUCACCAGGCAGUAAAUUAGUUAAUAGACUAAUAAGAAAGAGUGUUCCAAACCUGGGUUGUAAUCAUAAAAAUCCCCCAUCCCCCCAAAAAGAAGCUUUUUGGUUUUAGUUGAAGGUUAGGCAGGCAUAUGGUUAGCCGUGUGUUUAAGUUUAGGGUUAGGAUUCAACUGAAAUUUUAAUUAAGAGACAUUUUAGAAAUAAGCUGUGGCUGUAGUAGCUAGUGACGACAAGUGCACAGAGAGAGAUAGCUUUGUCAAGAAGACUUCGCGUUUUGUGUCAGACAGACUAGAGAAAUGUAUGUCUGCCCUAAAACUUACCGUUGGUCAUCAUGAAGGAACAUAGUGUGAGUGAUAUUAAUAUUGUAAAUCUCAUGUCUCCCACCAUUUGAUCAUAGUUGCUUCUUCAUUUUCCAACAGGCUGUUUAUCACACAAAUGCAUUUGCCAUCAUUAUCAUGACUUUGAUAUCUCUCAUUCUCAAUAGCUCUUGAAACUUCUCUCUUCAUUGGUUAAUCGACCUACCUUUUGAACUAACAUAAAUCUAGAUAAUGUAGCCUUUCAAUAUAUUAGGAUGCUUCGGCUAUGGAAGGAGAAUUCGUCAGGAAAAUGAUUGAUUUCAUGGACAAAUAGUCCCACCACCACUUCAAGAAAAACACAGAGACCCUCUUCAUUUGUGUAAUCACAAAGACACACUAAAUGUUAAGCAUUCAAACCCCUUCCCCGUCAAUGCUGAUAGAGCAAGUGAGAAUGUGAAAGUUACGGGAAAUGCUGCUGCAGUAACUUGUAAAGACAUUUUGAAAAGAAAAAGAUAAGUAGCCUUGCUUCAGAGUGAAAUAUGGAUUCUAAGUCUGCUUUUGGUAAGGCAGCUGGUUUAUGUGGCCCUGUUGAUAAGAGUCUAUAUUGUGCAUGUUGGUGUUUUAGAUCAAUGUGUCCUCUUAUGUCUGAUCUUGGAGAUAGACCUUCUACACUAGAGUCUAAUUCAGGGAUGGAACU